AUGAGUUACUUAGGAGUCGGAACCAGUCCGGUUAACGUCGCCGGAACCAAAACGAAGCCGACCGAUCGGAAAGUGAGACUCACGGAGCUGAUUCUGAGGUGCUCCGUUUGUGCCCUUGCUCUCAUCGCUGCGCUUCUCAUUGCUACAGACACACAAGUUAAAGAGAUUUUCACCAUACAGAAGAAGGCCAAAUACACCGACAUGAAGGCUCUUGUGCUUUUGGUGGUCGUCAAUGGUAUAGCCGCGGCUUACUCUUUGUUGCAGGCGGUUCGUUGCGUGGUGGGUAUGAUGAAAGGAACCGUUUUGAUCAAUAAGCCUCUCGCUUUGGCCAUUUUCUCCGGAGAUCAGGCCGUAGCGUACUUGACUGUGGCGGCGGUUGCAGCAGCGGCGCAGUCUGCGGCUUUUGCGAAGCUGGGUCAGCCGGAGCUCCAGUGGAUGAAGAUAUGCACUAUUUAUGGAAAGUUCUGUAACCAGAUAGGUGAAGGAAUUGCGACCGCUCUGCUUGCUAGCAUUGGAAUGGUUUUGGUCUCUUGCAUUUCGGCUUUGAGUCUCUUUCGUUUGUAUGGCCGUAACAAAGCCCAUCAAAGCUCACGGCUGUGA